AUGCAGCCACAAUGCAGCUUACAUUGCGUCAUAUGUUUGGACUUAGGUGUGAAAGAUGCAGUAAAGCUGCAGGGAGAAGUCGCCUUCUCCGAUGUGAGUGCGGUAAGCGACACCAACUACGUUUCGGUGAACGAACGGCCGCGUUUCGGACCCUGGUGGGAAGCCCAGAAAGCGGCUUACAAGGAGAAGAAGCGCUUGAAUGAGAUUGAACGCCAGCAACGCAUUGAAGAGGCGAUUCGCCGCCGUGAAGAGGAAGAACAGCGUCGAAUUGCUGCGGGCGAGGUGGAGUCUGACUCAGGCCUCACCGACAGCGAGGAUGAAGAUGAGGAGCUGGAAGUUGCCAGCUGCCACACUGAGACUACAUGUGCGUCACAGAUGGGUGGUUUCGAUGACUUCUCUGCCAAGGCAAAGGUGCCAGAUCUCAUGGGCUGCGGUGGAGCUGUGGCACAGACGCUUCUACAUGAACUGACAGGCAUUCCUUUGUCUAGUGGCGCUGCUCUUUUGGCACGUGGUUCUGCUGUGUCGGCGAUCAGGUCCUUAAAAAAUUGA